CGGGGCCGCGCCGGCCGCCGGGGACGCGCACGGGCUAGUCUCUGCCCUAAUGCGGUGGCUGGCGGCGAGAGGCGCUGCAGGGGCCUCGGGAGAAGUGGUGGCGCCGGCAGCGGAUACCACGGACUGCGCCCGGGGCCGGAGCCCGAGCCCUCGGAGGACCCCUUUCUUUGAAGGAAGCAGUCUGGAUGUCUGCCCCAGGGUGCAUCAACCAUGUCUCCUUCCUCAGGUGAAACUAGAGGCUUCUCACAGUUCCCUGAUUCCAGGAACAGGAAGAGGCGGCCACUGUACCCGGAGGUUGACUGACGUAUGUGCAGUUUGGGGCCCUGGAGCUCUCCUGUGCUCUGCACGCUGCUGCAGAGCUGCCCCUGGUGCUACAAGGAGGAGGCUGAAUGAGGCAGAGGAGCUGAGCUCUGUCCCGAAAGCCCACGUGGAGCAGCUGGAGGCAGCAAGAGCCCGAGGGCUGGGGAGCAGGGAGAGGGGCGCGGUGCCGAGGAUGGCCAGGCAGCAGCCGCCGCCCUGGCUCCACACAGCCUUCCUCCUCCUCCUCCUCCUCAGUCUUGGCAGUGCCAUCGAGAUUCCUAUGGAUCCAAGCAUUCAGAAUGAGCUGACCCAGCCUCCAACCAUCACCAAGCAGUCAGUGAAGGACCACAUCGUGGACCCCCGUGACAACAUCCUGAUUGAGUGUGAGGCGAAGGGGAACCCUGCCCCCAGCUUCCACUGGACUCGAAACAGCAGAUUCUUCAAUAUCGCCAAGGACCCGCGGGUGUCCAUGAGGAGGAGGUCAGGGACGCUGGUGAUAGAUUUCCGCAGUGGUGGGCGGCCUGAAGAGUACGAAGGCGAAUACCAGUGUUUUGCCCGCAACAAAUUUGGCACCGCCCUGUCCAACAGGAUCCGCCUGCAGGUGUCCAAAUCUCCCCUGUGGCCCAAAGAAAACCUGGACCCUGUUGUGGUUCAGGAAGGCGCCCCUUUGACGCUGCAGUGCAACCCGCCUCCUGGCCUCCCGUCCCCCGUUAUCUUCUGGAUGAGCAGCUCCAUGGAGCCCAUCACCCAGGACAAACGCGUCUCCCAGGGCCAUAACGGAGACCUCUACUUCUCCAACGUGAUGCUGCAGGACAUGCAGACCGACUACAGCUGUAACGCUCGCUUCCAUUUCACACACACCAUCCAGCAGAAGAACCCCUUCACCCUCAAGGUUCUCACCAACCACCCCUAUAAUGACUCGUCCUUAAGAAACCACCCUGACAUGUACAGUGCCCGAGGAGUUGCAGAAAGAACACCCAGCUUCAUGUAUCCCCAGGGUACCUCAAGCAGUCAGAUGGUGCUUCGCGGCAUGGACCUCCUGCUAGAGUGCAUCGCUUCUGGGGUCCCAACACCAGACAUCGCAUGGUACAAGAAAGGUGGGGACCUUCCGUCUGACAAAGCCAAGUUUGAGAACUUUAACAAGGCUCUGCGUAUCACCAAUGUCUCAGAGGAGGACUCGGGGGAGUAUUUCUGUCUGGCCUCCAACAAGAUGGGCAGUAUCCGGCACACGAUCUCGGUGAGAGUAAAGGCUGCUCCCUACUGGUUGGAUGAACCAAAGAACCUGAUCUUGGCUCCUGGAGAAGAUGGCAGACUGGUGUGCAGAGCCAAUGGGAACCCCAAACCCACUGUCCAGUGGAUGGUGAAUGGGGAGCCUUUACAGUCGGCACCACCCAACCCAAACCGUGAGGUGGCUGGUGACACGAUCAUCUUCCGGGACACACAGAUCAGCAGCAGAGCAGUGUACCAGUGCAACACCUCCAAUGAACACGGCUACCUGCUGGCCAAUGCCUUCGUCAGCGUGCUGGAUGUACCACCUCGGAUGCUGUCACCCCGGAACCAGCUCAUUCGUGUGAUCCUUUACAACCGGACACGGCUGGACUGCCCAUUCUUUGGAUCUCCUAUUCCUACCCUCCGAUGGUUUAAGAAUGGACAGGGAAGCAACCUGGAUGGUGGCAACUACCAUGUGUAUGAGAAUGGCAGCCUGGAAAUUAAGAUGAUCCGCAAAGAGGACCAAGGCAUUUAUACCUGUGUUGCCACCAACAUCCUAGGCAAGGCUGAAAACCAAGUCCGCCUGGAGGUCAAAGACCCCACCAGGAUCUUCCGGAUGCCCGAGGAUCAGGUUGUCAAGAGAGGCACCACAGUGCAGCUGGAGUGUCGAGUGAAGCAUGACCCCUCGCUGAGACUCACUGUCUCCUGGCUGAAGGAUGACGAGCCGCUCUACAUUGGGAACAGGAUGAAGAAAGAAGAUGACUCCCUGACCAUUUUUGGUGUGGCAGAGAGAGACCAGGGCAGUUACACAUGUGUGGCCAGCACCGAGCUGGACCAAGACCUGGCCAAGGCCCACCUCACUGUGCUAGCUGAUCAGGCCACUCCAACUAACCGUUUGGCUGCCCUGCCCAAAGGACGGCCAGACCGACCCCGGGACCUGGAGCUCACUGACCUGGCUGAGCGGAGCGUGAGGCUCACCUGGAUUCCAGGAGAUGAUAACAACAGCCCCAUCACAGACUACAUCGUCCAGUUUGAAGAGGACCAAUUCCAACCAGGCGUCUGGCAUGACCAUUCCAAAUUCCCAGGCAGUGUUAAUUCAGCUGUCCUCCAGCUGUCCCCCUAUGUCAACUACCAGUUCCGGGUCAUUGCCAUCAAUGAGGUCGGGAGCAGCCACCCCAGCCUCCCCUCCGAGCGGUACCGAACCAGUGGAGCGCCGCCAGAGUCCAAUCCCAGUGAUGUGAAGGGAGAGGGGACCAGGAAGAACAACAUGGAGAUCACGUGGACGCCCAUGAAUGCCACUUCUGCCUUUGGACCCAACCUGCGCUACAUUGUCAAGUGGAGGCGGAGGGAGACCCGAGAAACAUGGAACAACGUGACGGUGUGGGGCUCUCGCUAUGUGGUGGGGCAGACCCCUGUCUAUGUGCCCUAUGAGAUCCGGGUCCAGGCCGAGAAUGACUUCGGGAAAGGGCCAGAGCCUGACACUGUCAUUGGCUACUCGGGAGAAGAUUAUCCCCGGGCUGCGCCCACUGACGUUAAGGUCCGGGUCCUGAACAGCACAGCCAUCGGCCUGCAGUGGAACCGAGUCUACUCCGACACGGUCCAGGGCCAGCUCCGAGAGUACCGAGCCUACUACUGGAGGGAAAGCAGCUUGCUGAAGAACCUGUGGGUGUCUCAGAAGAGGCAGCAAGCCAGUUUCUCCAGUGACCGCACUCGGGGUGUGGUGGGCCGCCUCUUCCCCUACAGCAACUACAAGCUGGAGAUGGUUGUGGUCAAUGGGAGAGGUGAUGGGCCCCGCAGUGAGACCAAGGAGUUCACCACCCCGGAAGGAGUACCCAGUGCCCCUAGGCGUUUCCGAGUCCGGCAGCCCAACCUGGAGACAAUCAACCUGGAGUGGGACCAUCCGGAACACCCCAACGGGAUCCUGACGGGAUAUACCCUCAGAUACGUGGCCUUUAAUGGAACCAAAUUGGGAAAACAGAUAGUGGAAAACUUCUCUCCCAACCAGACCAAGUUCUCCCUGCAGAGAUCAGACCCUGUGUCACGCUACCGCUUUACCCUCAGCGCCAGGACACAGGUGGGCUCCGGAGAAGCAGUUACGGAGGAGUCUCCAGCACCUCCCAAUGAAGCUACUCCAACCGCAGCACCUCCCACGUUGCCCCCGCCUACCGAGGGUGCGAUAGGCACUGCGAGCAGUACUGAUGCUACUGCCGCUGCUGCCACCACUGAAGCCACAACAGUCCCCAUCAUCCCAACUGUCGUACCUACCACCAUCGCCACAACCACCGUCGCCACAACUACUACAACCACUGCUGCCACCACCACCACGGAGAGUCCUCCCACCACCGGCACCAGGAGUAAGAUGCAGGAAUCCGCCCCCGAUGAGCAGUUCAUAUGGAACAUCACAGUGCUCUCCAACAGUAAAUGGGCCAACAUCACAUGGAAGCACAACUUCGGGCCAGGAACCGACUUUGUGGUUGAGUACAUCGACAGCAACCACACAAAAAAAACUGUCCCUGUUAAGGCUCAGGCCCAGCCUAUACAGUUGACAGACCUCUAUCCCGGGAUGACAUACACGUUGCGGAUUUAUCCCCGGGACCACGAGGGCAUCAGCAGUACCGUCAUCACCUUUAUGACCAGUCCAGCUUACACCAACAACCACGCGGACAUCGCCACCCAGGGCUGGUUCAUCGGGCUCAUGUGUGCCAUUGCGCUCCUGGUGCUGAUCCUGCUCAUCGUCUGCUUCAUCAAGAGGAGUAGAGGCGGCAAGUACCCAGUUCGAGAAAAGAAGGAUGUUCCUCUGGGCCCGGAAGACCCCAAGGAAGAGGAUGGCUCCUUUGACUACAGUGAUGAGGACAACAAGCCCCUGCAGGGCAGCCAGACGUCUCUGGACGGCACCAUCAAGCAGCAGGAGAGUGAUGACAGCCUGGUGGACUACGGCGAAGGUGGGGAGGGUCAGUUCAACGAGGAUGGCUCCUUCAUUGGCCAGUACACAGUGAAAAAGGACAAGGAGGAAACAGAGGGCAACGAGAGCUCAGAGGCCACGUCACCCGUCAAUGCCAUCUACUCUCUGGCCUAAUGUAGGCCGCCAGGCACAGCCACUACUUUGCAAGUGGGAGGAGGGCAGAGAGGGAGAUGAAGCCACUGCAGACCUACCACAAAGCCGCCACCACCUUCAGGGACAAGGGUACAAUACGGAGGUCUGCCACACCAUGAGGACCAGCGACCACCCAGCUACCCACAGGCCCCCUCCCAUUGAGCCCCACCCCGCUGUGUGCCGCCAGUAUGGGAGAGCCUGAGCCAUGGCAGUGCUCGCUGGAGGGAACCCGACCUCGCCGUGCCCCACCACACUGCCCCCCCAGGCACACACGCUCCCGUUUCUGUCGGUUAUGGUACUUUCCAUUCUCUCCAUUGUUUCCUUUGUGCAUCUUUCCCUGCAGACCCAGUGUCUCCCCUCUUUCUUUCUCUGUUGUGUAAGAAGUGUCCCUGGAAAAGAAAAGAUAGGUGGCUUCUCCCCAAGAAACCACAAGGACAGACAAAGGAAUGAUCCGAAUCAGGACAGAGAGAAAAGCUGUAGUAUUCAACCACCGCCGGGCCAACGUGUUUCCGAAGGAUGCCUUUCUCUCCAUAUGCCUCCCCGUGCUCCCAGCCCAUCUGCCGCGGCCUUGUCGGCUGCUGAGCUGGGCUUGGCUUCUUUCUGGAAAGUGACAGUAUUUGGGCAGGGAGAGGAUGGCAGGCCUCCUUGCCUCUCUCUGGUUCAGCUAGCGAGUUUACCUCUUGCUCCUCACUCUUCCCCCAGCCUGCCUCUGGAGUGUCGGAGAAUGAGCUGCACUGACUCUCGAAGGCAAAGUUGGGGGCUCAGAGUAGGUACCGACGGGCAGGACUGCGGUGACUGGACCUCAAGCAGAAGAAGUCAGGAGCCAGGUCCCUCGGGAACUGUGUGUCUCUAGAGGGAAGCGAAGGGCCGGGUUUGGACAUCAGUGACACUUGGGAUGCAGGAAAGAGGACCACACCUGCUGUGUUUGGAAUAGGGGCACCUGGCUGGGGUCUGUGCUGCCACCCUCAGGGAGAUAGAGCCCUGCGUGCAGAAGCCUGGCUGGUGCGUUAGGGGCGGUGAAGCACUGCUUCUGUGCCGUCCCUGGUAGUUACUUCCCCUCUGUCAGUUCUGUGUGAUAUGGAAACUUGUGCUUGAUUUUGUGUGUAGAUGGGGACUGCUGCCCCUGUCUAUCCUUUUUUAGGGUAUACACCUAUAGGAGGACCUUGAGGUGACACCAUACUAACAGUGCUGUGACGCCCCGCCUGGGGAAGACUUGAUGCUCUUCAUAUGCCUUAUGCAGCUCUGAUCUGUCCCUGGAGUUCCCAGGUCCCCAGCCCAUCCCUGCAAGCCUUGAAGCCUCCAGUGAUGUCUGUCUCAGGAUCAGGGCAGCCUAUGCAAGUGUCCCUGCAAGACCAGAAGCAGCCACUCCACGCAUCUCCUCACCAUUUUCCAAUCGGAGACACUUGCUGAUCUGCAGUUCUCAGAGCGAAGGUGCUGCCUUCAUCCUUCCCACCUAAUCCGUUUGUGAAACCAAAGGUACCUAGCCUCAGUGAUGUGCAGAGGGGAAGAGCUUGAGCCCGAGUACUCCCCUGCAGCUGCUCCUGUGGCUGGAGUCAGUUUCAGAAGGGUUAGGCUCAUCCCCAAGUAUGGGUCACCUGCCACUGAUAUGAGCCUCUUGGGCAGGACCAGGGCUAUGUCCUUCAGAGACUUUAUUGAACCAUCAUUUGCCACAUGUUUUAAGCCACAGAGGUAUUAGCAAUGCUUGCAUCACUUAAUAAUCAUUCAGUUGAAGGUCAAGCCCAUAGACACACACACACUGUCUGCAGGUAAGAAAUCAUAGGCCGAAGCUGAGCCAGUAAUGUUGCUUGAACCCAGGGGUGUGUAAUGGUUCCUUGGCCCAAGACGUGGCCCAGGUGUGCUGCCUAGGAGGUCGAGGGACAGCUCUCUCAUGAUGAAAAGGGACAGGGUAAAGAGGGAGCUGGGGAGUAAGCUCAGGGUCCCCCACCCUUUUGCUCUCUUCCCACACUUGCAGGGAUGCAGGUAGGCAUUCCUGUAGCUUCGGCCCAUGUACCUGAUGGGAGUGUCAGGGAGGUGUGCCUGUGAGCUGAAUUAAAGGGCCUGGCUUCCCAGAAAAUGCUUUGGACCUGAGCAAGUUGGACAGUUUCUCAGGUCCUCAUUCUGCACUGCAAUGUCCAUGCUGGUGAGCCUGUGGCACUGAGAGCAGCCUCCCAGGGUAGGAAGGGACGUUAGAUGUCAUUGUAUCUCUACCCCUUCAUCUCAGGAAAGUCUGCCAGGUAGACUGAUAAUUGGAAGGGCUCUGCCUUGAGGGUGUGGGGGAGAGGUGAGUUCUCGGGUUGUCUUUGCAUCCCAUCUCAGAGUCCUGCCAUGAGCUAUACCGUCUUCUCACGGAGUGUUUUGUGUGAGCUAACAGCUACCCCCCAUCACCACAUGAUCACAGUCCCCCAGGCAAGAGCAAAUCUGGGCCUUUCCCCAAGCAAAGAUGGCAGAUUCUCAGAGGGAUCAGAUUCUGAGGUAUAAGGUUGUGGGACUGAGGAAAAGAGGAGGCAUUUUCUGAGUCCACCACAGCUCAGCAGGACACCAGUAUUGCCCAGCACUCCCUGCCAGCUGGGUCUCUCAAGAAAAUACCCCCAAACAUUACCAACAAUGUCAGGAGUGGGCAGUACCAUUGGUGCUUUGGCCUGUCUGGCUGGGUGUAGGGGAAAAGCUGUAAGUCACUCUACAGUGACUCAAGGCCGCCAUGCCACCAAUGUGCUCAGCCCUAAGCCUGGUAGCUGCCUGCACUCUCAUCCAUCCAUCCGUCAAAUACUCGGUGAGCAUCUAGUCUGGGCUGAGGCCUGUUGCCUGAAUACUUUGGUGACCAAGGUCUGAUACGGUCCCUGCCCAUGUAGAGAUGACAUUACUGUCACUGACUCUGGGCCACAGGGGCCAUUGAGUUGGGAGCAUUCUGUGCUCUGUUGUUUGAGCUACUGAUGACUCCAGGCCAGAAGGAAGAGGCUUCCCAGCGAGAGUGUGGUCCAUCUGCUCAGCAACUCUGGGCAGGACCAGAAGUCAUGACCUUGCUGGCAAGUUGAGGAACAGUCCUACCCCCUGGGGCAAGCUGCUUAAUCUCUCUGUGUUCUGGUGCCCAUUCAGACCCUCCUUUGAAUACUUCCCUGCACAAAGGGCAUGGGCCACCUGAAGAGCAGGGAAGCCAGGUUAGAACAAGUUGUCCCCCUCUUUACAAAGACUUACCCUUCCCUUCCUUGCUAUUAUGGAGGUGACCGGCUUUAAAGUAAAGGGAGAACCAGACCAUCCUCCUCCCUUGUCCAUCUCCGCUACCUGAGAGGUUGGAGGCAUCUGGUCCAUCCCCUGCCUGGGAAGUCCUGAAGUCUGGAAAAGUGACCACACAGCUGAGAGCAGUGUGGUACUCGCCUUAUUCCCCAGCAAGGUAGAUCAGCUCGGACCCAGGGAGGGCAUUCCCAGUAUCCCUGAUCACAGUCAGCCACAGUGAGUGUGGGUUUCCACCUUAGGAACAGGCUCCCUGCCAUGUGUAGCACCCAUGUGUGCACAUACAUGUGCAUGCAGCAGACUAGCCUUUGCAGUACUAUGCUUGUAGCCGGGAUCAGUCCAGACAGCAAGACAGCAUCUUGCAAAGAGUGAGUCCAUAUCUGGGCUCAAGAGAUGUAAUGUCAAGGACUGUGUGGGGGCAUGAUGCACAGUUUGGGGAAGAGGAGAGGCCACGAGGAAUGGACCCUGGUGGGGUGAUUCCUGUGGCAGAGCCUAGAGGGGAAGAGCAAUCUGAGGGAGCAGGAAAUGCUCCCUAAAAGUGGCACAGGCAGCAGCUCUUUGUGGUUCCUCCUGGAACAUUGUACUGAGUCUUAGAAUAUCUCUAACUGCCCGUUGAGGGAAGCAGCAGGGACACUUUUUUCUCAGCCUUUGUGGGGCUGCUUUGCUGACACUGGAAAGAGGUCAAGAUUGUCAGCCUUCUGAGGGUCUGGGGCUCAGUGGUCAGCAGGUUCCCAGAAUGCCAGAUUCCCAGUCUCCAACCAUGACAUCUUGGGGUGGUCACCAGUGUAACCAGUCUCUACCAAACACAAGCCCACAGUGUGGUGAGGUUCACCCAGUUUGGCACACAGGGUGAUUUUGAUUUAGUGAAGCCAAGGACCCUGCAUGAGCUUUGCAUGGUGGCUUAAGAGCAGCAUGUAAGAGGUCUCUGACUCAAAAAAGAAAAAUAGGACUGGAGCCAGGGAAGCAAAGAACUUGAAGUGACAGGAGCAGGUUCCAUGUGCUCUGAGGCACAGGCCAACUGGGCAGAGCUAAACUCCUGGACAGCCCUUUCCCUUAAUCUAGAUGAGGCUACCCCAUGUGAGUCAGGCCAAGAUUGUGGUUGCCCCCACCCUGGACAACCCAGGGAAGGAGGUGCCCUUUCUUUUCCUCCUCUACUAAGAAAUGACCUUCCUGUGACACCUUCAGGAGAGAACCCAGGGAAGGAGGCACAUCACCCACGUAACAGUGUCCCCAGCCUCGCCCGAAGCCAGGGCUUCUUUUAUCCAUCCGUUAGUAUUAAAUGGAUGUUCCAUGAUGAUAGAAUAGAAAUGAAACAUCUAGCCUAGGACAGAUUCAGAUUUCAGCCUGUGAGGGAAUCUCAGUGCUGAGCUAAUUGAAGUGACUCGUGCAGACGAGGAAAUGAAAAUGCAGGGGUAACGGGGUGGGCACAAGAGGCCGAGCUGGUGAGUCGAGGUAGGACCGGGCCUUGACCUUGGGCUUUCUGGUUCCUUGCCCCGUGCCGUUCACCUCCCCUCAGCUGCCUCUUUGGAGACAGGUAUCACUGUCCUGGGUUCCACCCUGUGGAACCUCUCUACCAUUUCUCCGCAUCACCCAGAAGCUCCCAAAUGAGAGAGAAAAAGGAUUUUUCUGAGUCUGAGAUCAGUCAUUGUGUAACACCGGUCUUUAACCCAGCCAUGCAGUUAUGGGCAGCCCCCAAGCCAGUAGCCUAGAAUGAGUUCAUGAUUGUGAAACCUGGACAGAAUGGGGUCUCUUGGUGUGUCACACAUCAUGCCCUGAGCACACUGUAUCCCUUGGAAGUGGAGUUCUCUGUCCAUUCUGCCCUUGGCCGUGGGGUGAAGAGGCAGUGGGACUCAGCAAACCUGCCACCCUGGCAUUUGCUGGGCUGGACUUCAACAGAUGUAAAGACUGCAGUGAAGCAAUAAACACAAAAAUCUGGGAGAAGUGAUCCAGAAUUUUGUGCACUACUGUGUUUCUUUUGCAAAUACGAUGCAGUUCAGAUGACCCUGACCUGCGCUCUUUUUUGGAUUCCCAAAUGCAAUGCCCUCAGUCAGUGUUGUCCCUCUGCCUGGCUCCCCAGCUCUUUGCCAACCUCUUGCUCCUUUCGAGCUGAGCAUCAGUCGCCUGUUACACGGCCACCUUCCUUCCUGGUCCCACCCCCAACCGUGCUGGACCCUGGAGGACCUCCUGCUCUGUGCCCACCACCCCCAUGUGUUCUUUUCAGUGGGGAAAAUUUUUUCCCUGUGUGUCUAUACUCUCCCACAUUCCCACCCACCCACACAUUGGUCUGAUCUUUUUUCUGUUGGUUAAACAUGUAACUCUCAUGGUACAACUUGUUUUAACCCCUCUCACAUCACAUUCUUUCCUCUUUACGAGUGACCUUGCAUUAACCAAUUUUGUUGGCGACAGAUGCAUUAUCUGAGGGUGUCACACAUGACCUUCAGCAGGGAAGACUUCUGGGCCGUGGAGGACCAUCUAAUACAUGGACUUAUAAACUGACUGCAUGAACAAUGAAAAGGCCAAAUUAUUCAGAAUUUUUUUUGAAUCACUGUAAAAAAACUGAUUUCUUUUGUAUAGAAAACACUAAACGUAUAAUAAAAGUUGUUCAAAAUGGA